AGACUUUCUGACGAAGAACAGAGCCGCCACUCACCACAGCAAUCCUCUUCCCUUCGCCAGCACGAGCAAGGAGAUGGAGGGGAAGAAGAGAGCGGCGGCCAUUGCCGCCCUGUGCAUGGUCCUACUCCUCAUGCAGGCAAGGCCAUCCCAUCAGCAGUUCUCCGACUACGCCUGCGAGUGCAUCCGGCAGUGCUACCCCGCGUGCAGGGACAGCACCCCGCCGUGGCUCUGCAAGAUCAAGUGCGCCGGUAGCUGCCACAACGGCGACAGGAAGGACGCACUUACCGCCUGCAGGAUCGCCUGCCUCACGAGCCCCGUCUGCGGCCUGUCGACACCGCCCGUCGCUCCAGGUGAUGUUGAUCCUUGUACCAGGGAGUGCGACAAGCUGUGGGGUGGCCAUGGUCACGCCAAGGAACCUUGAAGAGCGACGAGCCGGUCGAUCCGGGAUCACAUGAUGUCGAAUGGCGAUGAUUGCUGCACCAAUCAAUAAAAUAAAAUGUAUUUCGCUUCGGUGCAUCACUUGUGAGAAAGUUUGUGGGUCUUAGAAGUAAAAGUAAAGAUGGUUAUCGACGCAUUUGGCGGAAUCCUGCUAAUUUUCAUUUGGCUUUGAUUUUA